AUGGCGCUGGAUGCCGUGUGCUUGCGGGUCAGGGGUGUGUGUCAGCAGAAUGGCCUGCUCAUCCUGUCCGUACUGGCCGUCGUCAUCGGCUGCCUGCUGGGCUUCUUCCUUCGCUCCCAGCAGCUCUCUGAGCAGGAAGUGAAGUACUUCCAGUUUCCUGGGGAACUUCUAAUGAGGAUGUUAAAAAUGCUCAUUCUGCCCCUCGUUGUGUCCAGUCUGAUGUCGGGUUUGGCGGCGCUGGAGCCGAAGUGCUCCGGCAGGCUGGGGCUGAUCACUGUCUCGUACUACCUGUGGACCACCUUCCUGGCGGUGGUGGUGGGUAUCGUCUUGGUUCUGGUGGUCCAGCCCGGUGGCAUGGCCCAGAAGGAGGACUCGGGCGGUGCCAGCAAGCCCAUCAUGAGCUCCGCUGAUGCUCUGCUGGACCUCAUUCGGAACAUGUUUCCAGCCAAUUUGGUUCAAGCCACCUUUCAACAGUACCGCACCAACAGUGCCCCCGUCAUAAUCACAGCCAGGACAGCGGGGACUGGGAGCACGGCGGGGACCAGCACACAACGUCCGCUUGUCUACGAUGUCCAGGACGACAACGGCACAGAUGUCCAGAACUUCCGGCUGGACCUGACGCCACCACCAGAAGUGAUGUUCCACACACUGCCCGGCACCAGUGAGGGCAUGAAUGUCCUGGGCAUUGUCAUCUUCUCCGCCACCAUGGGCAUUAUGUUGGGCAGGAUGGGCCCUAAUGGCAGCGCACUGGUGAACUUCUGCCAGAGUCUUAACGAGGCCGUGCUGAAAAUAGUGGCCAUCGUCAUCUGGUACUUCCCUUUCGGUAUCGUAUUCCUGGUGGCAGGGAAAAUCCUGGAGAUGAGUGACCCCUCAGACAUGGGGAAGAAGCUGGGCUUCUAUGCCAUCACCGUGGUGAUGGGCCUCGUCCUCCAUGGCCUCUUCAUCCUGCCUGCCAUGUACUUCUUCAUCACCAAGAAGAGUCCCAUUGUCUACAUCAGGGGUAUUCUACAGGCCCUGCUCAUCUCACUGGCCACCUCGUCCAGUUCUGCCACGCUGCCCAUCACCUUUCAGUGUCUGCUGGAGAACAAUCACAUCGACCGGCGUAUCAUCCGCUUUGUGCUGCCUGUGGGCGCCACCAUCAACAUGGACGGCACGGCACUGUAUGAGGCUGUGGCGGCCAUCUUCAUUGCCCAGGUCAACAACUACGAGCUGGACUUCGGCCAGAUCAUUACCAUCAGUAUCACGGCAACGGCGGCCAGCAUCGGGGCUGCUGGGAUUCCACAGGCUGGACUGGUCACCAUGGUGAUAGUGCUGACAUCUGUUGGACUGCCCACUGAUGACAUCACCCUCAUCAUUGCCGUGGACUGGGCCUUGGACAGGGUCCGCACUAUGGUCAAUGUUAUGGGAGACGCUCUGGCUACAGGAAUCAUGGCACACGUCUGCAGGAAGGACUUCAUGGAAGAAGGAGACGGGGUGAGGGUUCCUCUCGUCUGUGAGAUGAAGCCCAUUACUACCCAGCAGCUGAUCAACAACAAUGGCAGUUUCCAGUCUCUGUCACCAGGUGGCAGACCUGAGGCCAUUCUGCCAGCUUUGGCUCGCCUCGUGCAGUUGGAGGAGGGAAUCCGACCCCCACCACCCAGGCGGAAAAAGCUCCCCCUGCCCCCACGGCACCUGAAACGACACGACAAGGACCACUGUACCAUCAACAUGAACGGCCUGGAGACUAACGUGUAGUGGCCUUCUUGGCCAGGGAAGUUUAGCUUCCCAAGGAAAGAAGUAGUCUGUCAUAUCAGAGAGGACUGCUGGACACAACAUAUUUGUCUCCCCUUGGAAUUUAGCUUUACUUUGUUGACACUUUGUUAAAUAUGUUGUCAUUGAAGGAUUUUUGGAAAGCCUAAGGUUUCUACUGGCUUGUAUUGCCACGGCAACAACUGUGGCAGUAACACUUUUUCUAGCUUCAUGUUAGCAUGUGAACUCAAGCGUGCUAAGUGCUUCUUAAUGUGCAGGCUCGAGUUAGCACAUUUUUGGCUCAGCACUUCAAGUUAGAUGUGUGGGUGGGGGGGGAUUUCCUUCCUGGCUCUUGCAAUUGCCAAUGCUGUGUGUCUAGGCCAGCAGCCACAAAUGGGCUCUGAAAUUUAAAAUGGUCCCUGCUCCUUCAGGAUGGUCCCUGCUCCAUCAGGAUGGACCCUGCUCCUUCAGGAUGGGUCCUGUUCCUUCAAGAUGGACCCUGCUCCAUCAGGAUGGGUCCUGUUCCUUCACGAUGGACCCUGCUCCGUCAGGAUGGACGCUGCUCCUUCAGGAUGGGUCCUGGUCCUUCAGGAUGGUCCCUGCUCCUUCAGGGUAGACCCUGCACCUUCAGGAUGGUCCCUGUUCCUUCAGGAUGGACCCUGCUCAUUCUAGCUCUGAAGAAUCUCAUUACAGCUCAAGAUUAAUCAACUAUUGAUGGACUCUUACCCAUUCAAGCCUCUGAGAGACUAACAGAACUUGUGACAAUUAAAUUGUAUAUACAAUAUAUAUUUGUCUAUGCAUUUGUGUUGCUUUUUGCUAUUUUAUUUAAUUUUUCAUUUUUGGCAUAAUUUAUGUAUAUUUUUUUUUCCCCCAUUUUAGAGGUCAUUGUAAUUUUGAUCCUAUUUUAAAAUGCUGAAACAUAAUAGCCAGUCUUGCAAAAGAAUGUUAUUGAAAGGGUGCAUUUGGAUGAAUGGUUUUAGAGAUCACAGUGUGACAGAGCCCUGCUAGGUCGUUAAUGAGGUCUGAAAACUGCAGGAGCCCAGCGAGACCAGGAUGGACCCUGUGUGUGAGGUUCUGCCCUGCCAGCGGGACCAGAAAGGACCCUGUGUGUGAGGCACUGCCCUGUCAGUGAGACCAAGAUGGACUCUGUGCUUUUCCUCAGACCAUCUUCUGUUCUGCAGGGUUUAUAACUUUUCACACCUCUGCUUCCUGAAUAUGUCACCAAUGUGCAAAGUUUCCCCUGAGACGCUCAAAUACUCACAAGUUUCAACCCUUUGGAAUCAUAUUUAUAAAAUACGUCUCUGUAAAAGACAACAAACCUUGUGGUAUUAUAUGAUUAAUAAGCAUGUUAUUACCAUGUAAUCGCCGUUGCCAUAUAUGCUCGUAGCUUGUAGUUUCUGUGAAAUGUUGUGGUCUCACAUGUGUGAGGCAGU